AGGGGUCAGUCGGGGGGCCGGGCGGGCGGGCGCCGGCCACUCGUGCGCUGUGCUCCGCCGGUGGCGGUGGCAGCGGCGGCGGCUGUGGUGUGGUGGCUGUGGCGGUGGUCUACUGACCCGGUCAGAUACACACAGGUGCUUCUAAAGGAAUCCUCACCAUGGGGCAGUGUUUUUCAAGACAGAGACAUAAACGGGAGUAUUUCUCCAUCAACCGGGCUGACAAGAGCGAUAUCGUGCUGCCCAAGCCAGCGACUUCGGACUUGGCCAGUCAGCCGCUGCUGGACGGCGCUCUGGCCGUGGCGGAGCUGGACCUCUGCGUCCGUACGAACGGCGCCGACCACUGCACGGCGGUGUACCAGCGCGGCCUGCGGCGCCGGGCGCUGGUCGUGCGCCGCGGCCAGCCCUUCCACAUCUGCGUCCGCUUCAACCGAAAGUACACCGAGGAGCGGGACCACAUAUCGCUCAUCUUCACCGUGGAUGAGGGUGAUCGAGCGGCCGACGUGCCGUCGGUGGGCCACGGCACCCUGGAGGCGGUGCCCGUCACACCGGAAGACGAGGCGCCCACCGGCGCCUGGCACGCGCACAUUGCCGAAAACGAGGGCGACAAAAUCACACUCAGGGUGACGUCAUCAGCCAGCAGUAUCGUCGGCAAGUGGCGUCUGGAGGUGGACACGAGGACGGGCGACCACUCGCUGAACUACAGCCACCCCACACUCGUCUACAUGCUGUUCAACCCGUGGUGUUCAGAGGACGCCGUGUACCUGCCGGAGCCGGCCGAGCGCCGCGAGUACGUCGAGUCGGACGCGGGCCUGCUGUACCGCGGCAGCCACAGUCGGCCGCGGCCCUGUCCCUGGAGCUACGGCCAGUACGAGGCGGACGUGCUCGACUGCAGCCUGGCCGUGGUCGGACGCGCCAUCUGCAACCGACUGGCCGACCGCGCCGACCCCGUGCUCGUGGUGCGCGCCGUCUCAGCAAUGGUGAACCACUGUGACGAGGACGGCGUGCUGGUGGGUAACUGGAGCGGCGAGUACGCCGGCGGCACGGCGCCCACCCGGUGGCAGGGCUCCGUGCAGAUUCUGCAGCAGUACCACCGCACCGGACGGCCCGUCAAGUUCGGACAGUGCUGGGUGUUCGCCGGGGUCUCCACCACCGUGUGCCGGGCGCUGGGCAUCCCGUGCCGGCCGGUGACCAACUACUCGUCGGCUCACGACACCCACGGCAGCCUCACUAUCGACGUGUUCUACGACAGCGAGGGCGAGCCCAUCGAGCGGCUCAACAGGGACUCCACUUGGAAUUUCCACGUGUGGAACGAGGCGUGGAUGCUGCGGCCGGACCUGGAGAGCGCCGCCAGUCGGUCCAGCUACGGCGGCUGGCAGGCGUUCGACGCCACGCCGCAGGAGGUCAGCGAAGGCCGGUACGCCUGCGGCCCGUGCGCGCUGCAGGCGGUCCGGAACGGCGAGGUGAAGCGCGCCUUCGACGUGGGCUUUGUGUUCGCCGAGGUGAACGCGGACCGGGUGUUCUGGAAGUACUCGGGUCCGCGGCAGCCGCUUAAACUGCUACUCACCGAGCGCGCAGACGUCGGCAAGGCGGUGGUCACCAAAGCUCUGGGCGAAUGGACCCACGAGGAUCUGACGAGCAAAUACAAACACGAUGAAGAGACGGAUGUGGAGCGGCGGACGAUGCUGAACGCGCUCCGCGAGACGGGACACGUCUUCAGCAGGUUCUACCUCAACGAGGAGCUCGAGGAUAUCCACUGCGACUUCGCCCUCAACGACGACAUCGUCAUCGGACAGACGUUCCAUGUGACCCUGCGGGUGGAGAACCGCAGCGAGGACCGGCCGUACACGGUGUCGGCGCACCUCCGAGUCGAUACACAGCUCUACACCGGCCGCACCGGCCAGUUCGUCAAAAAGAACAACUACCGAUUCCAGGUGGAGCCCGGAAACGAGGAGGAGAUCUCGAUGCCGGUCUCGUACGACGAGUACUACGACCAGCUGGUGGACCAGAGCGCCUUCCGCAUCGCCGCCAUCGUCGGCGUCCUCGACACCGACUACGAGUACUUCGCCAGCGACGACUUCAGAGUCCGCAAACCCGACAUCCGGAUAGAGCUGGACGGGCACCCGUCAGUGGGCGCCGAGCUGCGAGUGAUAGCCGAGUUCAACAACCCGCUGCCCACCCGGCUGACUCGCGGACGGUUCCUCCUGGAGGGAGGCGGCCUCACCGAGCCCGUCAAAAUCAAAGUCAACAAAACUGUCGGUCCGUACGAGCCGGUACGGGCGGUGGCCACCAUCGUGCCCUGGUCGGCCGGCGAGCACCUGCUGGCCGCCAAAUUCUACUCCAAACAGCUGAACGACGUGGACGGCUUCCUGCGGAUCCUGGUGAAACCGCGACUGGAGAACACGGGCAGCAUCCUGGAGGACGGAUCCACUGAACUGGGACGCAUGUAGAACAGGAUCCGCAGAACUGGGGCGGAUCCAUUGGGCUGGGGCGCUUGUAGGGAUACUGACGAUACUUGGGACGAUUCGCCGAAGCAUCUGGUGAAGAGCAGUAAAAAAACUGGUCAGUAAAAAAUGUUUUAGUGCAGACGGCUGGAAACUUGCACAGCCGGUUUGGUGGAGCCAGUACAGGAACUUUGGUGGGAGAUCAAUUUACGAUUCGGUAAAAUUUUGCGUCUUGGCUGCUGAUUUUGGCAAAGAGAACAAAGCUUAAGUUUGAUUUAAUAUCAACACUGAUCAUGUUAAGUUUUACGAACUCAAACUACCCAUUGAAGUUUAUAAGCUUUCAGAGUAUGGUUGCGUCGUUUUUAUUCGUCAAGCGUCAGUGGACGAGUAGUUUCCGAUAAAGUCGUGAUGUGCCCUGGUGUAUCGUUUUUCUGCAAGACUAGGCUACAUUUUCAUUGGGUAAGGCAUCUCCGAGAAGUCGGUUAUUGAUUUCCUGGCGUCUGACAGACGGCCUGACGGCAUCAAAGGCGAGCCUUUAAUAGCUGCAGAGCGAGCGCCGUAUCGCAACGUACCGAUACGAAUUAUGUUGUUCGACUGUUCCAUCUCCGACAGGUGAAAUGUUGUCACCUUAGGCCACUGUACACUGUCCAGUGUUCUACGUUACUGUAUCAUAAGUUAGACCAUGAUUCGGUCCCUGUCCUUUAAUGACACGGCCGCAGCGUAAUAGCCAGACGAUGGAUUAAUACCGCGGCCUCCAUUUACCCCGGGGCUUCUCUGAUGCCCGCCGCGCCGCCGGCGGCGCUCAAUCAAAGCUCCCGGUUUGUAGAACUGCGACCAGGUGCGGUCCCGGAACCACGGCUGGCUACUAGGCGCGGUUCUCUCGACAGGCUGAUUAGCCGGUUCCGUGAAUUUGUGGUUAUUGGACGUGAUAAACACGAGCCUACCUUGAACUGCUACUGACACGGCGUCGCCGGUGUGCGUGGUAUGUUCUAUGCUCGGGUGCAGUUCCGCACGCUAUGACGCUCGACUGCGUCGUGUGCCGAUACUGCGCACAAAGUAGGAUUUCGCUUCUGUGGGGUGCAGGCCACCACAUCAGUAUGACAUAGAGGUCGGUUAUAGCGAGGCUGGGAAAUAUCUCAGGGGGCUCCAUCUCUGUCUGUAGUCGCCUGGCCAGCCUGACCGACGAUAGCGAAUCAGUCAAACGCCAGUGACUGUGUGUGAGUUGAGCUUUCCCUGCCAGUGGUGUUCAGAUGAGGCUAUAGUCUUGGAUAAGUUAAAGAAGAGCGGCAUUUGUGGCGCCUGAGCUGUGGAAUUUCGCUUUGUAACAGCCUUCGUCGUUUUAAUAAGGUCUGCCUAAGUCACAGCUGAGAAUGGAGAGUUUACUCGCGGGGUUCUUUGCCGCAUGGAAGUUCCAAAGAAUUUCCAUUCGUGUGUGAUCGUACCGUCUUUGUGUUCCAUGAAGUGUUGUGUCUGAGUGCAGCGUUAGACAUUGUCUGUGUGAACUUGAAACGAGUAAUUGUUUUGUACUCUUUUCAAAGCUUGCCCUAGGCUGUCUCUUUUAUCAGCCUUUGAACUAACCAACCUAACCAAAGUUGUCUGUGAUUAUUGCUUGCUUCUGGCCAGUGUAAAUAUAUCGAUGUCAAUAAACUACGCACGUCAA